GUAACGCCCUCACGGCAUGCAUCUCUUCGACCACAACCGCCACCCCACUCCCUGUUUCCAUGUAUUCCUUACAAGAUAUUACAACGCGGCCUGACGGAGAGAUCGAGAUCGAAACGUUUCAACUGGUCACAAAAGAGAGAGUUAUCAGGCCGGUGAAUUUGCACCGUUUUGAGUGGAUAUACGGACUAGAGAACCAUGGUUUUCCCUUCGAUGGGGAGGAGAAUAGAGUUACUGGUACGUUCGUAGAACAUAAUGUACUCAUGUCAACUGUCAGUACCCAAGGAUCUUGUUUACCACAUCAAAAGACAGAACCUGGCGAUAUCGCCCCCGGCAUCUCUCACUAGUAAAGCACUUGUGAUGAUGAAUUUCAAUAGAAAGGUUAGGUCAAAAAGUGAUCGUCAGCGGUUCGAGGACUUUGGCAGUGGACCUUGGGAAUAUGCCCUCUUCGCAACGAAAGGAAAAGUGUCACCUCCGUUGUUUCACCGCUCACAUGAUGGCAGUACCACGCCGUUGUCGCUAGACGACUCAGCGUCCGAUUACGAUGCCUUACCUCGCUUCACGUCGAUGAUCCACCCACUCGUUGUCAUCUUAUUUAGAGUUUGCAAUCAAAUCGGUUCGCGCCGUGUCGAGAAGUCCCUCGAACCGCAUGUUAUCACACCAAUAACAAACGUAUUUCUUGAAUGGCCACUUUGGACCCACAACCGCUUCCUCCCCAUGCUCACCUCACCGAAACGGAAGCGACCAGCUUCUGACACGUGUGGUUGCACGGAUUGUGGAAGGUGGGAGUACAGCGAGAGCUCUACUUCCGGUUCGAGUUCACAAGCAGAUAGUUCAGAAGAUUCCGAGUCGUGGCGGGAUCCCGUGCCUGUGGAGGAAGUCAUCAAGGAUGAUGCUCGCGUCAAGGAUUGGUCGUUACAAACCGAGGGUCCGUCAGACGGUGGCGGUUCCGAUCCGAUUCUCGAGCAGUAUUCGCGGGAACCAUCGCCUCCGGUAUCAUUCACUUUGGGGAGGUUGGAGGAGGCGAUGGGGUUGCGGAUGGAGCGAUUACAGCCUAUCCUCGAUGCCGCAAAGCGUCGUUCAUCUGAGAAGCGCUUGAGAGCGAGCAAGCGCUCAAAAAUCAAGAACAAUUGAUUCUGAUCUCUCUUUACAUGUCUUCACAGCUUUCUAAGUUAAUUUUCAGAUAUUUUUUCUGCUGUUUUGUCUCACAAUUCAUCGCACAUUUAUCGACUUCUGCACCAUUAUCUGCUUCAUUCCCAUUUCUUAUGUUCGCUC